CCGUCAUGAGGACACUGUUGCUGCUGGGGCUGUCGGCCUUCUGUCUGUGUGCGUUUGUCGCCGCCGACGAGCAUCGUGAGGGACAGGGCGACAAAUCUCUCCCCGAGGAGGACGGAGUCCUACAGCUGAAGAAAGGGAAUUUCAAAAGGGCGCUGAGAAAAUACCAACAGCUCCUGGUGCAUUUCUAUGCUCCUCUGUCUGCAGAAAGCCAUCGUGUAUCAGCAGCUUUUAAAGGUGCAGCUGCGGAGCUUCAGGGGUCAGAGGUCAAACUGGCAGUCGUCGAUGUCACAAAGGAGAAGGAGCUGGCGAAAGAUCUCAAAGCCACAGGUCCUCCAAUAAUCAGGCUGUACCUUGGCGGAGACAAAAAGAACCCUGUCCCCUGCCCUGUUCCUCUGAGCGCGGCGUCCAUCCUGACCUGGCUGAAACGGAGGGCGGGAUCUGCUGCUGACCUCAUCACUGAUCGUAGCCUAUCAGAGGCCUCAGAGGAGCUGACGGUGGUCGGAUUCUUUAAGGAGCUGGAUCACGAGUACGUCCAGGUGUUCUACUCUGCAGCCAUGGACCUUCCUGACGUCAGCUUUGCCGUGACACAGAACAAUGAAGUUAUCAGUAAAUAUGGUCUCACCCAUGAUGUCGUUCUGCUGCUAAAAAAGUCUAAGCUCAUCCAGGCUUAUAAAAUGAUGCCUCAGACAUCUAAAGAGGAGCUGAUCGUCUUUAUCACUGUCUACCAGAUGGACCCAGUCACUGAAUACACCGGAAAGACGGCCAAUCAGAUCUUAAGCUCGCCUGUGUUACACCACGCCAUCCUGUUUGUGAACGAAACCGCUGCAGACUUCAAAGAGAUUUACUCGGCCUUUAGCGGUGCUGCAGGGGCGUUCAGGUUGAAGAUUUUAUUUGUGUGGGUGAACGUGGAUGAGUCUCGUAACGGCCGGAUGAUGGAGUACUUCAGAGUACGAGAUUUUGAGGCUCCUAUCAUCCGAUUGGUCAACCUGACAGACCACGUGACCUAUCACCUGCCCUCUGACUCUCUGGACGUAGAGACCGUAAAGACAUUCUGUCAGUCCUACCUCGAGGGCAAAGCUAAGCCGAAGCUGCAGAGCGAGCCGAUACCUGACGGGUGGGACACGAAGCCAGUGAAGGAGCUGGUGGGAAUGACUCUGGAGAAAGUCGCCUUUAACCCCGACAAGACUGUGUUUGUCAUGUUCUAUCUGCCGUACAGUCAGGACUCCAAGGCUCUGCUCCCGCUGUGGGAGGAACUAGCCGAGGCCUUAAAGGAGCGAGAGGACGUGGUGGUCGCUUGCAUCGACGCCUCCGCCAAUGACAUCAACAUGUCGAUGCAGGGACGCUACCCGUCACUCGGCCUGUUUCCUGCUCUGUACGCUGAAAGGAUGGUGGUUUACAAGGGGAAAAGGAAGGUGAAGGACCUGGUUAAGUUUUUAGAUAAAGAGAUGGAAAAAGCCAAAAAGGACAGAGUUAAGGAGGAUGAAGACAGGAAGAAGUACAUCGAGGCCGCGAAAGCUGAGGAGGCGAAAAAUGCCAACAAAACUAAAGACGAGCUUUAAUAUCAGAA